CUACGCGGACAGCGUUGAUAGAAUAUAAUAGUCACGGUCGCAUCGGUCGGUGCACGCGGGCUCGUGGUUCAUCUUCGCGGCGCGUCUAAAUGUUAUUUCGUACGACAAAACGCCGGUAAAUCGUUUCCCGUCGGCACGGCGACAAUACCUAAUCCGUAACCGCUAUUAUUCCGUCCACCUUUCUGGCUUGACGCGACGGCGAUGGCAGAUCGCCCCACCGACGACGCCACGUGGUCGUCCCGCAUGGAUUACCUGAGCACGGUCGUAUUCCCGCGGGCCGCGGCCGACGGCGCGUUCGGACAGGGAGCCGUGUACGCGUCCUUUCGCGCGGACGACCGAGACGGCGCGGCGGCGGCCGGCGACCAGUUCAUGUCCGACAUCGUAUUCGGCACGGUCAAGCUGACCGGAGCCGAGCGGCCGGCGGACGGCGUGCCCGUCGUGGUCAAGUUCAAGAACGCUGACGCCCGCAUGUCGGCCAUGAUGAACAUGCACCAAAAGUUCUACAACGAGUACGCGUUCUACGCCCGUCUGCUGCCCAAGCUGGCCGCGUGCGCCGCCGACCCGGCCGCCGCGUUCGCGUUGUUCCCGCGGUUCCUGUAUUCGAACGCGACUGCGGACGGCGACGCGGCCGGCGGACAGCAGCAGGUGAUCGUUCUGGCCAGCCUGGCGCCCGCCGGUUUUCGCGCGGCCGACGAACGGGUGUUCCUGGACGCCGAACACAUACUGCUAGCGAUCCGUAAGUUGGGCGCCCUGCACGGGCUGUCGUACAACGCCAAAGCCGACGGCCGUGGCGCGGGACCGCCGCCGUUCGCCGAUCUCUGCACCGCCACCCUCAUCGAGACUCAGUGGUACGACGGACACUGGUACAAGAGCCCGCGUUUCUUGUCAGGGACCGGCAACCGGGGCGUGAAAGCGUUACGCGACUCGGACACGAGGGGCGAGUACGAGGCACCACUGGGCAGGAUGCAGGACAUGCUGAGCGGCGAGAGCGCGACGAUGGCCGGGCUGCUGCGGCCAGUUGAGCCGCUGGCCGUGCUGUGCCACGGCGACUUCUGCCGCAACAAUCUGCUGUACCGGUACGACUCGGCCACCGGGCGGCCAGUGGACGUCGUCUUGCUGGACCCGGCGCAGGCGAGGUACGCGUCGCCGGCCAUCGAUCUCUCGUUUUUUCUGUACAUGAACACAACGGACGCCGACCGGGCCGCGCACUGGGACCGGUACGUGGCCGCCUACCUGGACGGCGUUGCAGACGUGACGCCCGACGGCCGGCCCGCGCCACUGACCACCGACGUCGUGCACGCCGAGAUGCGCGCGCACGGCUUGUACGGCUACGCGCACUGUUCGUUUUUCUUGCCGGCCAUGGUGAACGCGGUGCCGCCCGACGUGGAGCGGCUGACUACGUCCACACCCGAUGAGCGCAUUGAACUCAUCAACGAGUCCGGCGGACGGGAGGCCGACCGGUUGCUCUCGUCCAUCGUCAGGCACAUGGCGGACCGCGGGUACGUCUGAUGACGGCCGACGAUGAUCGACGACGACCGCUGCGACACGAGUGCUGCGUCACACUCCACGUCCCGUGCGCCCGUAAAUCGUUUGUGAAAACCAUGCGAAAAGAAACCUCUCAUGGGCUACGGCAGUGGUUGGAAAAUCAUACACAAGACAAUUUCAUUUAUAUACUGUUGUAUCGUAGUAAUGUUUUUUUCUUCGUUUUAUUUUAUUUUUUUUUUUUGUCUGCUUAACAUAUCAUAUUUAAAUAAAAACGGUUAUAUAAGUUUAAAAAACAUUACUACACAAGGAACCACUCACUUUUUUACAUGUCAUCGCACUCAACCUCGUAAAUUAUACGCAUUAUCAAAUGCUUUACAAUCACGUCAAAUAAAUAAAUUAUAUUAUUGGAUUUUAAAACCAUA